GUCCAUUCUCAAACUGAUUCAAGUUCAAGUAUUAAAAGGAUUAGAUCAAAACCAAAAUCUGAUUUACGUGAACCUGAAUCAGGCCAAAUGUUGGUUCAUUUGACCUUAUCUUUGUUACUUGAACCUGAAUCACGUUUAAAUAA